AAUUUUUGUGUUGGUCCUGCUCGCUUAUUUGGACACGUGAAAUCCGAGGCACUUUCCACCAGGUUUCCAAAACUGGGAUGGGCGUGGGAAAUGGGGCACAAAGAGAAGAGCGUCGGCGUUGGCGGGAAAGUAUGGUUCGGUGGUUGGAGUACCAGUAGGCCGAGGACGUGCCGUUUUCGUCUGCGGAUCGAAGACGAUCGACGAACUGCUUUUUAGAGAUGAGCUCAAUGGUAGGCCGGACAAUGUAGUUACCACGAGUCGAACUGGUGGAAAACGAAGAGGUAUCCUCUUUACAGAAUGCAAAUUCUUACAAGAGCAAAAGAAGUCCGUACUGCGACACUUUAAAAUUGUUUUAAUUAUCUAUCUUUACGCGAACGGGGAGUGCCUGUGUCAUGUUUAGGUUAUGCCAUAUAUUUUAAUUUAAUUAGCUAUCUUUGUUUUACGUAUGUCGAAAUCCGAAACGCAUUUAUUAAUGGCGUAUCUAAGUUUCAAUUAAUUGAAUUUGGGUUUAUUAUGGCAUUGUAGUUUCUGGAUAUAUUUUUCUUUGUACGUUACGCUCACUUUCUAAGAUGGAAGAAUUUUUAAAGAGUUGAAUAAUUGAAGGUAAACGAAAUGUCCCGCUACUACGGCUACUAGUCCCUAUUUUAAUGGUUCUGAACGCUUUGAAACUUUCAAAAAAGACACCACUUUCACCCAGCAAAAUUGGGUACCUACUUUUAUUGCUAUUUUGGCAAGUACGUAAGUUUGAAAGAUUUUGUAUCACGAAAUCUAACAAUCCUGUAAUUAAGAGCGGAAGGCUUGGUAUUUUAACAAGGGAAGUAACUAAGUAAAUGGGGAUAAUUACUGUAAACUCACCUUUCACUAACAUCCCUCUGUAAUCUACGCGUACGAUCAUAAGGGGUAGAAUGGCAGCAUCCAGUUCGACUGGUUGUCUCUUGCGCUCGAAGGUCAUGUAAACAAACAAAACGCGACUGCUUAUCCGCGAUCAUCGACAAUUAAUUAGGUAAAUCACCGAGGGGCGUCUCUUGAACCUCCGAACACUCCCAUUGAAUGCGUCGCAAUACUCGAGAUCGUGAUUAUUCACAGGAAUAGUAAGCCAAUGUUUUGCUGUGUUGAUAAUAAUUUUCCUCAAUCUUAAUAUCAUUAAUAUCGUUAAUUGUCUUUAAAUUUCUUGUCGUGUGCCGUUGUAUAUCACACUUCAUUUUGAUUUUAAUCAGCAGUUACUGUGAGGUUUUUUUGUAAAUCACAAUGAGUUUUAAUAUCAGGUUCGUUUUUAUUUGAAAAGCGGUUCUCCGAUUUGAAAAUGUUCCCUCGCGUAAAUUUUGCUGCGGAUCAGGCUGUCAGUCCAUUUUACCUCCAAAAUUUGACCACCCUCUCCUAUCAAGUUUAUAACAAUGCUCACCCCUAGUGAAAUUUAACUUUCAACUCUAGAAAAAGAGAAAUAAUCAACCCUGAUCUGAGAAACCUGAUUCAAGAAACUUAAAGUCGCUUCCUACUGAAUCAGCGGGAAUGAUUCUCGUUCACAUGCCCUGUCAGUUCUGAAAUUAGCCGCUAAGAUCGAUACCUAUUAGUUUUUUAAGGUGCCCAAGACUCUACUUUUAAUAGACAAUUAGUUUUCAAGAACCAUUGAUAAUCUGGCACUUAAAGUCUUUAAAGGAUUUUAGUGUUCAUACUUUGCACAAAUGGGCUAACCAAAUUUUUUAUAUUAUUUUGUGUGCCCAUUUUUUGCUCGACUUAAGAUGAAAAAGUCAAAGAUAAAAAUGUUGUUGGUGGUGGAAAGGUCAACGCAUUACGAUAAUUUGUAAUGGAGUUAUGAGCACUUUGCCCUAAUCGAUUAUUGCCUAAAGUAAACAUGUGGGAUCCUCAUUAUUUGUUACAAACACGUUUUUAUAUCAGUGAAAAUAUGUGGUUAAUCGUUAUACUUCUCCUGUUGCUGUUUCUGGCACUCCUGGACACACGAAGACCAAAGAACUUCCCGCCCGGUCCGGCGUGGUUUCCCAUUAUAGGAUGCGCUUGGCAAAUCCAAAAGCUGUGUCGUCAAACGGGAUCUCUAUCGAAGGCGGUAUUGCCGUUGGUUGCGGAAUACGGGCCUUUAAUUGGCGCACGAAUCGGACGAGAGCGUGUCGUAAUCGUCUGCGGGUUGCAGCAGAUUCUGGAAAUGUUCGGAAGAGAUGAGCUUAAUGGCAGACCCAAAGGUAUACUAUCCGACAGUAGGACUGGCGGGAAACGGAAGGGCAUUGUCUUCAACGACUCCCAAACUUUCCAAGAACAUAAGAAGUUCGUGCUCCGACAUCUAAAAGAUUCUAAGGAGAUAAUGGAGGAAGCCAUUCACAGCGAGUUGCGUGAGAUAAAUGAAGAUCUUACCAAGAGGUGCAAAAAGAAUGGUACCGUGCCAAUCGACAGUUUGUUUGGGAUUCCACUGCUGAAUAUGCUUUGGUCUUUAAUGGCCGGUAGAAAGAGACCUCUGGAGGACUUUGAAGUAAACGAGUUGCUUAGUAUAAUGGAAGAUUUUUCUCUGUGCGGUUCAUUGAGUGGUACGAGUUUCAGCAAUUUUCCCUUUAUGAAGUACCUUUGCCCCAAUUAUUCUGGAUACAAUACAUACGUCGAUGUUCACAAGAGAAUCAUAAAUUUUGUUAGGGAAAGGGUAGAAGAGCUAAGGGGCAGUGGUGCGAAUCCUGGCCUGAUUCACGCGUACCUGGCAACACUAAAUUCUAGGGAGAAGAAAGACAGCUUCUCUGAGGAGCAACUGCUGGCAGUAUGUAUGGAUUUGUUCAUCGCGGGAUUCGAAACCACCUACAAUACUCUACAAUUCUUCAUGUCAUAUAUUGUGCUCCAUCAGGACGUGCAAACAAAAGCCCAAAAGGAGAUCGAUUGCGUGGUUGGAAGAAGGCGGGCGGUUACUUUGGAUGACAAGCCACGAUUGCCGUAUGUGGAAAGCGUGGUGCUGGAAUCCAUGAGAUUGUUCGCUGGAAGAGGAUUCCUUGUACCAAGAAGGGCAACUCAGGACACUACCUUUUAUGGAUAUUUCAUUCCAAAGGACACGAUUCUUCUCGGAAAUUCGAGAGGAACGCUUAUGGAUUCAAAAGCCGGAUGGAAGAAUCCAAGCGCUUUCGAUCCCGAUCGGUAUAUUAAAGACGGCAGUUUGAACGUUCCAAGUAGCUUCGUGAUUUUCGGUCUCGGGAAGCGAAGGUGUUUGGGAGAAAUUUUGGCGAAAGCAAAUCUCUUCUUAAUAGUUGCCAAUAUGCUACAGACGUUCAGUUUCAAGGCAGCACCAGGAAGUCAGCAGCAGGUGGAAGUUGUCGAAGGGUUCACUCCGGGAGUUAAACCAUUUAAUGCACUUGUUACUAUAAGAUAGCAUGUCAAUAAUGCACGAAUUGCUUUGCGAGAA